AUGGGUUGCAACAAUUCUCGCCACGUUCUCGAGAUGGAGUCUCGUCCCAUCCGCCCUGUCACACUCUCGAGUCAUUCAGCUGGUUCUGUAAUGGUUCCCUCCUCGAUCUUCCAAGAUCACCCUGAUUCAUCGGAGUUGAGUCGGCAGCAAAUCACUGAUGCUUUCCAACAAAUGGCCGAGUAUCUCAACGAGUGCGGCGUGAGCAUAGACUGCGUUGCUGUCGACGGCGCUGUCAACACACUCUACCUUCGCUCAAGAGAGUCGACACACGAUGUCGAAUUCAUACUCAACAACCCUGAAUCCAAGGAGUGUGUUGCUCUCAACAACGCUGCCAGCUUUGCCAACAGCCAAACUCACGGUCGUCUCGGCGAAGCGUGGUUCAACAACUCUAUGCAACUUUUCAUGCCUCGAAAUGUUCAGGCUAGUCUGAUCCGAGAGGCCAAGAAGCAGAACGAAGUUAUUUUCGAACAUUACGGAACCAGUGGUGGUCUGAGAGUAUAUGCUGCUCCCUGGUCCUUUGCGCUGUGCAGCAAACUCAACAGUCUCCGCGACAUCGAACGAUCCCACGAUAUGGAUGAUGCGGUUGCAUAUUUGUACCGAUACUUGAGUCUCACUGGCCAAGACUACAUCAUCGCCCAGCAGAUCUACGAAUGGUGUGAGGAAUACCAUCAGGAUGUGUCGCGAGAGAUCCUGAGGCGCUUAGAAGAAGCCUAUGCCCGAACACACGGAAACUGGCCCAUUGUAUGGCACUAA